AUGGUGAAAAAAUUACAAAAAGAGAGUACUAAACAACCAAUGCGUCAGUCGCAUCGAACUCGUACUUUAAAUACACGUUUGGGUACACCACCAAGAAUCCUGUUAGAUAUGCUCAGAGAUCAUUCAUCACCUGUGGUUAAAAAAUCAUUUCAUGCAAUAGCGGACAUGGAAAGAAUAGAAAAUGUUCCGCAAAAGGCAGUAAAAAGUCCAAAUAAGCAAAAUGCCAAGUCACCAAGCACUGCUGCCCAACUAUCAGAUGUUAGGGUUCGUCGACAGCACAAUCCAAGCAAACGAUAUGGUGCAUCAUUUGAGGAAAUACUUGAACCUGGACACUUCUCGAAAAGCGUUUCAAAUGUAGCACUGGAAGAAACAACGGCAUUAACCUUAAGCGAAUCGAGGAAGCCCGAGAUUCCUCGAGACUCAAAAAAUGAAAGAAUGCCUAUUUCAAGUAAAACUUUGAGCAGUACGGCUUCGAGGAUUAGACAUUCUUCUCGCAUUCGUAUCCCAAAUUUACGCUUUGGCUAUUUGUUACCUGAUAGAAAAGCGGACAUAUUGUCAUUGAUGCCGGAAGAAGUUGCUGCACAUAGUCCCAAGAUAGCGUGUGAUAAGUCUGAUAUAACAGUCAGGCAACGUCAUUCUGAACGGCAGCGUAUUCCGAGCAAACGUCUUAGUUUUCCAGAUGUUUACCCCGUCAUCCGAACACAAAAAAAAUCCACUAAAGCAAGACCGAAAGUGGAAGAGACACAUGUUAAAAUUCAUAAGUGCAAGAAUUCUACCAAGAAACCAGUAAGCAUUUUGAAAACCGGAUUAAGCGUGAAAGCUACAUCAAAAAAUUUGUCUAUGUCGUCCAUCGCUAGUAAUCGUCAGGUUCACAGCAGCCUGGAGAUCCCAUCGGUUCUGUAUCCAUAUAGACCAGCAAGAAGUCAAGCUCUCUGCGUAGAACCGUCUUCAUCAAUGACCAAAGAUUAUGUCAGUAAAAAGGAUGUUGAUGAAUUGUUAAUUGAACUAAAUAAAGCUUUGACUCGCGUUACCGAUGAAGAUUGCAGCGAAUUGCGUGAGAAGAUCGCCCACCAUUUGAACAACCUUCAUCGGGAAAACUGUCGUUUUCGUCAAGCCUUACAUCAAUUGAGAUCCGAACUGGACAGUUUAUCAAGCAAUUCAACAGUAAAUAGUUACAAUAUGCUCAUAAAACAGAACGGCGAGUUGCGCGAGCAAAAGGUCCUUGCUGAUAUCAAAUGCAAAGCGCAAAUGGAGGAAGUGCGUAAACUGCUAGAACGAAUCAGAAUCUUAGAAAUGCGGAACAAAAAUUUGGAAGACUUCAGGAAUCGGCUGGUAGUACAAAGAAGGCAACAAAAUUUAAAUGGUGAAGCAAAGUAUCCUCACACUGAUUUGGUAAAUGAUUUGUCCAAAGUGGAAGCUCAGGAUCUAGUGGAUGCUGAGUUGGAUUCACUGAUUUUGAAUGGAACUGAUGGUGAAGUUGUGAAGGAUGAUAAAUCUAAUGACGAUGAAGUGGAGUGGGGUAACGAUUCGUGGAUGCUGCAUUGCUGA